AUGUCAAGACCAGUUUUAACUUCAAGAGAUUCAAAUAUUAUUUCUCCAAUUAAAUCUAAAUCAAGAUCAAGCUCAGCUUCACCUUUAAAAGACUCUCCAUCAAAAAGAAUUAGAUAUAAUGGAUCACCUAUUAGAAGUCAUAAGAAAUCUUCAUCAUUAUCCACUGCAUCCCCAAACAAAUUACAAUUCAAAAUUUUUGAAGAUCCAAUAGUUUCCAAUACUGUUGAUCAUUUCAAUGAUUUAGAAGUUGAUGGUAAAGAAAACCUUCAAACCAAAGAUUCUAAAUCCCAAACUAAUGACUUUAAUGAACAAGAAAACAUUUUACAACCAAAAUUAAAACAUUUACCUCAAACUAAUAAUACUUUUAGAUCUCCUUUAAGUAAUUUAUCAAUUAAUGAAUACCCAGGUUUUAUAAAUUUUGAUAAUUUUUCAAAACCCCAACAAUUAAACGAACCUUUCAUACCUAAAAAUUUCAAAAAUGAAUCCAAUUCGAUUCAUAAAUUUUAUAAUAAUUAUCCAUCAUAUAUUUCUCCAAUGAAAUCAAAUAAUAAAUUUUUAUUCAAAUCUGUUGAAUCCAAUGAAUUCAAUGAAGAUGACGCUUUGGAACAAGAUUUAUUUAAAAAAUCCGUGUUAAUUAGACGUAAAAGAUCUUUAAGUCUUGGUAAGAAUGACUUGAAGUUAAGCUUAAUCAAGAAAAAUGAUUUUACUAUUUUAUCCAACUAG